UAUUUUCAUAAACACAUGAUUUCCUAUAUGUAUUUGUCCAAAACAACAUUUCAAUCCAUGUCGCAAACAUUAACAUUGUUUCGGUCUGUUUAAUAUUUAAUAUUACUUAUAAUUUUCAAACAUUGAGGUUAACACAGUACAGUACAAUACUAUGUACAUAAACAGAUUUACGCUAUUAAUUAUUUUGUAUAUAUUUCCUAUAAUAAUGACACAAUAAUCCUACAAAGUAUCAGUAAACGAUGAAAACAAAUGCAUUUUAACCUCUUAAUUCAAUUUCUCCUAAUUUUAAAAUAUAAAUGACACCAUGGAUGCAAACAAUGUUGACGACGAAGACGAAGAUAUCGUCAUACAGGGUAGUGCCCUGUAUGAACAUUUACAUAAUUUGGGUUACACAGACUUUACGAGUGUAGCCGUACUCAAAUCAACAACCAAAAACAAAGGAAGAAGUUUUAGAUUUAUUGACUUUAUACACUCUGCAAAAAGUGUUUUCAAGAAACUAUUUGUCGUAUACUUGAGAAUAAUUCAGGAUGAUACUGUAUCUAAAAAGCAAGUAGGAACUAUUUUAAACGCAAAGGUUCUUUUAAAUGAUCAUGCUUGUAUAAUACAUGGUUGUCUCGACAAAUAUAAUUGUAAAUCAUGGAGGACUAUGCUAUUGAAAUUUAUUUUAUUAGGUGCAGUUUUAACUUCCCCGGUGUAUAUUCCAUUUGGUACACGAUAUAAAAGUUCAACAAAUUUAUUUAUAUUAUUUACAUUAUUGUAUGUUGGUUACAUUGAAUAUACAAGAGUAUACGCGCAUAGGGAUUUAAAAACUGUCGUAUCUUUACAAAAUGAUUUAUUCGAUCUUUAUAAGAAAGGAUUGAAGAUUUUAAGAUACGGAUAUAAAAUAAAGUUAAACAAGAGGAAAUGUUCUCAAGAGUUUAAUGAUCUUACAGCAGGUAGAUUGAAGUAUUUACAACCCAUAACAGAAAAUUUAGUGAAGUGUUUGGAGCAUGCUUCGCGCACUUACUAUCACGUUUCUUUAAUUCUUACAAAAAUAUUACCAAUAAACGUGUUUCACGAAGAUUUACUAACAAGAUUUGAAAUUGAAUCAUUCGAAAUACGGGGUGAAAUAAAUUAUCAAAAAUUAAAAAAUUUAUACCACACCUAUAUUCUCACGCAAUCAGAGAUGUUACACUUACUAGCUAUUGCAUACGACAACCAUACUUGGGAAAAAUCUUGCAACAAGAUUCCCGAAUUAAAAUUAGCUUACAUAAUUCAUUUUUUAAUCAAAUAUUUGGCAGUUUAUAAGAACAAAUUGUCGAAAGUGAUCGAUGCCUAUUAUUCUUUCAAAGUCGAACCAACGUUAUACAAGUACAGAGGAUCAGCUUCAUCUCAGUGGCAGGAUCUAUACAUGCAUCUGUACCUAGGUUCCAAUAAGUUACAAGUGGCUUAUGGUCAUAUAUUAUCGAUAAUUCGUGAUAUCGAUGAUAAUAUUUACGAAAACAUACCACACGAAGAUUAUGUGGAAAAUACGAUGCUAAGACUGAACGAAGCAAUGAAAGAUAUCGAAACCGCAAAAAGUUUCGUCGAGUUUAGUAGUUUGUUCCUCGUAAAAACACGAAAUGAAAACCGUACGGAUAGUUAUUCGGAGAUGAAUAUGUUAGCACCGGUUGCAAAUUCCGAUAUGCCUGUUGUACACGAUUCGGAACCAGAAAUUUUGGACGAGGUGUUUGAAGAAUACAUUAAGGAUGAAUACUUGAAACCUUUGAGCGAAGAAUGCGACGAGAUCUUAUUGUACAACCAUAAACGGGACAAAUCAUUAUUUAAGAAUUUUAUGAUCGAACUGAAGGAUGCUUUAGUCGAUAAACAAAAAGCCAUGUCCAUAAGGGAAUUGAAAGCACUUGAAAGAAUGCAGAAAAAUGUAAUAAAUGAAACAAAUUCGGAUGAUUAUCGCUAUCGCAUUCCUACGCCUCCAUCAAUGCCAUCAUUCGAUAAUGCACUCUCAAUAGAACAGCAAGACGAUACAAUUAAGAUGCAAUCUAAUAAAUCACCCCAAGAAUCUAAAAUUGUUAAACCCAUUCUUGAAAGCAGAGAAGAUUCGAACGAAAACGAUCUACACGGUUCUCUUGCCGAAAAAACAUCUCCGAUUUUAGCAAUACCUCUGCCAAUAAGUAACGAGUUUUCGUUAAUUUUUCCACCCCUAUUUUUGAAAGCUAGCGAGGAAACGUUCACAGGCAGUGGUGAAAAUUCGGAAGAUGAGGUUAUCGAAACAAAUAAUGAAAAUUGAUGU